CAGGGCAGUGAAGAUGAGAUAUGGAUGUAACAAACCGAACAGCAGUGACAGAGUUUAUUUUCCUAGGAUUUCCAGGCUCCUCCUCGCUGCAGCUCUCACUGUUUGUGAUAUUUUUCACCAUCUAUUUGCUGUCUCUCAUGGGAAACACCCUCAUCAUUUUUCUCAUUCUGAUGGAUUCCACGCUACAGAAACCCAUGUACAUUUUCUUAGGAAACCUGUCGUUCCUGGAGAUCUGGUACACGACAGCCACGGUGCCCAAGUUGCUGGCCACCUGUGUCGCAAAGGUUGUCACCAUUCCUGUAGCAGGCUGUAUUGCUCAGUACUACUUCUUUUUCUCCCUGGGAGCCACGGAGUGCAUCCUGCUGGCAGUUAUGGCUUACGACCGGCACGUGGCCGUAUGCCGUCCUCUCCACUACUCCCUUCUCAUGAGCGUGCACAUUUGUCUGAGGUUUUCAGCUGGGUCUUGGAUUGGGGGCUUCAUCGCGCCUCUGCUACCCACCAUACUCAUCUCUCAGCUGAACUUUUGUGGCCCACAGAAAAUCAACCAUUUUUUCUGCGACUCUGACCCCAUCUUUAAACUGUCCUGCUCAGACACAUUCUUGGUGGAGGCGUUGGGUUACACGUGCAGCUCUGUGGUGAUUCUCAGUUCUUUCCUCCUCACAAUGAGCUCCUAUGGCAACAUCGUGGUUACGAUCAUCAAGCUGUCUUCUCGAGCUGCCAGGAAGAAAACAUUCUCAACUUGUGCCUCCCACCUCACGGUGGUUACCAUCUACUACGGAACCAUAAUCUUCGCCUAUGUCCGACCUCCAUCCAAGUACAAUUUCACAAUAGGCAAAGUGGUCUCCGUGUUCUACUGUGUGAUCACCCCAUUGGUCAACCCUCUCAUAUAUACCCUGAGAAACAAAGAUGUGACGAAAGCUUUCCAGAAGUUUCUAGCACAAAAGAGCGUUCUACUGAGCAGAAACAUGCAUGAGUUUUGAGAAUGCAACAAUUAUGUUCUGUUUGGAUGGGAGGCUCAGGCCUCA